CCUAUGUUUCUGGUUCAUCUUCUUCAACUAAUAAAUCAGGUAUUCUCCUUCCUCUAUUGAAAUACAACAAGAGGGCUUUAUUUGCAUUUAUCAGAAAUAAUUUGCGUUUGCUACGGUGCUACUCCACACUGUUAAAAAAACGCAAUGUUUUCAACUGCAAAUUUGGGUUGGAGAUGCCCUUACACACCAAGUGUUCGAUCAAACGACACGGACUACAAAAUCCCAGAACCGAUUCCGACGGUGCAGCCGCUGAAAAGCAUCGUCCCAGCCGCCGAGAACAACAUCAACGCGAAAUUCAUAGUCGUCGAGAAAGGCCACGUGACUAUGAAGAACCAGCGCAAAACCUGCCUCGCCCUGGUCGCCGACGAGACCGCCGCCGUGAACUUCCAGCUAUGGGGCGACGAGUGCGAGGCGGUGGAGGCCGGCGACAUACUGUUGCUGAAGAACGGCAUAUUCUCCUUCCUCAACCCAAAAACCCUGGUGCUCAGGGCCGGGAAGAGAGGCACGGUGGAAAAAGUUGGGGAAUUCACUAUGCGCUUCGUGGAGAAGCCCAAUUUGAGCAACAUUGAUUGACCAACCUCUCGUCUCUGCGCUGCUUUACAGAUGAUUGUGAACUCCUUUUAUUCUUUUUAUGCAGAUUAGUUUGAGGAAUUCUAGAUAGAUUUGGGUUUAUGAAACACAGAUCCUGGGUUUCUGAAUUUAUUUAUCAAACAACUGUGUUAAAAAAAACAAGUCUUUGUUCCGGAUUUUUAUCUCAGAUUAAUCUUGUCUCAUCCAUCUAAAUUUUUACAGAAAA